AAAGAAUAUACAACACACAUUUUACACAAUCGUCAGUGAUCAUUUCAAUCGCUGUCAAAAUCGGCAUUUUUUGAUAUUAGCAACGCCACUGCACAUACAGAGGAACUCGUAUGAAUAUGUUCUAUGCCAGCCGGUACUUUUUUUCUCUUCUUGUAAAGAAAAGGAGAGCUGGCAUUACUCUCUUCCCUCUAUUUAGCACUGACUUACGCAGAGCUUAUUGCACUCAUCUCACAAUGUCAACGACCCAAUCUUCGAACCACUUUAGGCAUUCAACUACUCUUCCAUAUAAGAUUCCCGAAAGGGAUCUCUCUGAGUGGAAUAUCUUCGUCGCGUUGGCUUCGAGGGGAACUCCUGAGGAAAAAAGCGAGUUGGGACUUCCAGAAAACUUCGAGUUUACCAACACCAAGGAUCAAACUCUAAAGGAUCACUUCAAGGACCGUAGCGAAGGUGCGAAAACAUAUCUUCAGCAAAGGGUGAAGGAUGAAAACCAAAAACGAUCAGCGAAGCCGAGUAAUCCUGAUGACCGUGCAAAACUGGCAAAAUCCUUGAAGGAUGAACUUUGUGCAUUGCUGCACCAAGUGAAGGAGAAGCUCGAUACGGAUGCAGCUGUAACGCUCAAUAGUGAUCAUCCAGAAGACUGGGACAACGAAAUGGCGUACCAUAAUUCAGGUGCCUCACGUCACGCCUUGGCGACAGGCGCUAUGUUCUCGACGUUUCAAUCCAAAUGUAGAGAGCAUAAUGGACGUUCCGGUAAGAUAUGCAGAUGUUUACAAGUAGUGAUGCUUUACUUUGAUGCUGUUAUUGCUGAUAUAGAGUCGAUGAGACAAGAGAAUGGUACAAGAAGCGCCAAAUCUGGACGUUGUUCAAAUGCCACGAUGGAGAGUGUUGGCAUAAUAAUGCGAAAUUUGUACACUAAGUGGAGUUGAUAAAACAUCAGACCCUUAUAGAUGUGGUGAGCAUUUAAUAUCUUUUAGAGGAAAAGAUGCAAAAGGAAACGCCCAAAUUUCCUUGGGGUGAGUUCAAGCGAACUGCCGAUGAUGCUGGGCUUACCGCCCAUUAUUACAACGAGAAGAAGCGGCUUCGAUUGGCUGGGUUCAAUUUCGGAAAGGAUGAAAAAGACCAAUACCAUCCAACGGCUCUCAGACCGGUAUUAUUACGGGAUGGUCAGUUAGCCCAACUGCAUAAAGGGCUAAAAGAUGAAGUUGUUAAACUGCUUGGAGAUGGUAAGUUUGUAGAUCAUUUAACAAUUGAUUUUUGUGAUAGAGGUAAAAAGAAUAAGUUAUUGAUUCACGAGGUAGAUGAAACAGAAUAAAUGAGUUUUUUGUUUCUCUCAGCCUUUGAAUA